CGAAAAGCAGCAACAGUAGAAGCAAGUCGAUUGUCUGUGUUGUGUAGGAUGCGCGCGCUUUAGAAUUUCAUAGUUGGUUCAGUAAUGUUUAGCAAUUGAUGCAGUUUCUAGCUCUGAUCCUUAGCGCCGAGGCGAUGAUUAUGAAUAUGAGAUAGAUUUUUAAUAUCAGAUUAUAAUUUUCUACCGGGAUUAUGCUUUAUGUGAAUGUUUUUAAGUUCCUGUUUGUGGUGUAGUGUAUUCUACUGUUAACCGCGUCAAAAUAUGUGUGUAAAGUGAAUUAUUUUUAUGAUUUAAAGACAUGUACUGACAUUCAGGAUGCAGUCAAAUAAGUCUAUCUCGGAUAUUGAAGAUUGCAUUCGGGAUCUGCAAAGAUGCUUCUCUGCCGAAGAUACUUUAAUUGAUCAUAAACUUGCAGCACUUCUUCGUUUCGAAGAGAAACUAGAUUUAGUGCUACAAUAUGGAUUAAAAGAAAAGCCGGGUCUUCUCGGUCUGAGGAAGUCAUUUUGGGAUUAUGUAUGCACUUGUUUUUCUGUGUCUAAGAGAGCACAUGAUGGUAUUCAGCAUGUGAAAGCUAUGCCAGAGUUGAAAACUUCUUUGGGGAAAGGACGGGCAUUUGUUAGAUUUUGUGUAAUGCAGAGAUGUCUUGCUGAUACGCUGCAAAGUUGUUUCAUAGAUCAUAAAAUCACUAGAGAGUUUUAUUAUAAUAAAUCUAUCCCGGCUCAGACAAAGCUUUGGUCACCAUUAAUCAAAUCUCUGUAUGAUUUGAAUGAACUUAACUUUGAUAUCAUACCUCAGAAUUCAGAAUUUGAUCUCCCUUCAUUUGCCCGGAAACCAUUUCUUUCUUCAGAAGAUCAUAUAAUGCCAAACAGAAAACUCAGUUCUUCCUCUCUUUCUUCUGAGCUGCCUCGUGAGUCAUCAGUUAAUGACUUUAAGAAAGACCAAGACAGAAGUUCUGAAACAUGUGAUGCUACUUCACAGGUUGAAAUAGAAAUGAAAAGGCUUUCAAAAUUAAAUGAUGAACUUGUGGAACAAAACCAGUCUUUAAAACGAGAAAUGCAUAUACUUUCAAGAGAAAAUUCGAAAUUGGAAGAUGAUGUUCAAAAUUUAAAGUUAAAAUGUCAGUUUCUACAAAAUGAGUUAAGUGCUGCUGUGAAUGAGGGUUAUGAGCAUAUUUCAGAGGUUCAGUUUGUCAAGCAAACUAUUCCUGAAGCUGUGGAAGAGGAUGUGUGUACAGUAUUCCAUAGUGAUAGUCCUUCUUCUACAAAUUGCUGUACUUUAGAUGAGUUAGAAAGACCUCAUUUUUAUGACAAAAAGAGCGUUUGUGAGUUAGUAUCUCACAGUUGUCUAGAAGGUAAAAUUACAUCUUUGCAGGAUCAGAAUAGUGAAACAGAACAAAAAUCUGCCAUCUGCUGUUAUUCUAGCUGUAGAUGUUUGGAACAUAUAGAUCACAGAUCAUUUCAAAUGCAUAAGGAAAAUAAUUUUGUUUCGUCAGUCGUUCCAAAGGCAGGUGAUGCUGAGUCAGAUCUAGGUGUUUCAUCUUUACUUCCUACUGAGAGAUCAGAUGUUGAUUCUGAAACACUAUUGAAGUAUAAAAUUGACUCUUUUGACACUUUUAAAAAUGAAAAAGAUACUUGUCAGUCAGCAGAUUCAAAGGUGAAUAGCUUAUUAAUGGAAAUGAAAGCAUUUGUUGACACUCUCAUAAAUCUUUUAGAGACAUGUGAUAAAACAACUACUGUCUCUCACCUUUCACACUUAAAAACUAAGAGAGAUUCUCUGGAAACUCAAUUUUCAACUGCAUUUCAAAGAUUUAAAGAAUAUGAAGAUAAAAACAUUUUUAUUGAGAAGUAUACACAUUGUAUCACAAAUCUGGCCAUGAAACAAGAUAAUAUAAUAAAUUCCUUACAAGAAAGAGUCAGUUCUGCAAUGAAGGGAAAUACAAAUUUGUAUUCCACAAUAUGUGCAUUAAAAGAUUUGUUGCAUUCUUAUGGUUUCCUAAGAAUUAUUGAUGCAAAAAGUGCUAAAUUUCAAAACCAAAGUCUAUCAUUUAGUGUUCCUCCUUCACACCAUCCUGAAUCUGUAGUGAAUAGUAUAAUCUGUGAUAAUGUAGAUUUUGACUUUGCAUCAAAUGACUCUGAAGUAUCAGUAUUGCAAAUUUUUAAAACAACUUUGUCAAAAUUAACUGAUCUGAGUACUCAAGUUAUGGAACUACAGUUAGGAUUAGAUUCAACUCAGGAGUUGAAUAAUAAUUUGAUAUGUAGGGUAAAAGACCAGGAAGUGCAUCUAAAAGGGAUUACAAAAGAGCUCGAAGAAGCUCAGCAUCUUGUGUCUAUGAUGAAAGAGCAGCAUCAAAAAUUGCAGUCAUCUGAAGGAUUUCUGAAAUAUGAUCUACAAGAAAAAAGGAAAUUAUUAACGAGGUUGAAACAUCAGUUAGAAACUACUAGAGAGGACUGGAAUCGUGUGAGAUUAAAAAACUCAGAAUCUGAAGCAGAAUGGCAAAGCUUAAGAAAAGAAUUUGUUGAGAGACACAAGCAGUCAAGUGAAGAAAGUGGGUUUGUUGAUGACAGAGGAACUGAUGAGCACAAUAAUGAUGUAAGUAAUUCUGUUCCUGAAUGCAGCAUUUCAGAUACUCAGUGUAGCCAAAAUAAUUCUGAUGAUGAAAGUAAAGUUUCAGGUACUGAACCCGUAAAAAAGAGCCGAUUGGAAAUAUUAGAAGAAGAGUGCCAACGCCUUUAUUCUAGUCUUUUGCAGGGCUCUAAAAGAAGGCAAGAUAUUGACAGCCGGCUUGAGUCUAUGUGUAAAGCAGUUAGUAAGCUUUCAACAGAUGAAACUGAUCGAAAUGAAAGCUUAUCUGAUAUUCUUCCUGAUGCGAGUCAGAGUGAAGAAAUUUUAAUAGAUAAUACUAGUGAAGAAAAUUGCAAUGAUUAUGCUAGUAAUGACCAUUCAUCUUCUGAAAUUGGAAGCUUAAAUUCUGACUGCAGUUCCUGUGUGCCUGUGACAAACACAGCAGCAGUUUCAACAGAGGCCUGUUCUUCAUUUGACUUUUCUGCAGGAACUAUCUGUAGCCCUUUCAUUCCAAGUGACCUUUCUGUAGUAUCUGAAUGUCAAUCUAAGGAAUCUUAUGAAAGUGAUAUUCCAGUAUGUGUACCUGAAUCCUCUUCACUAGGACCGCACGAUUCUGGUUAUGAAGACCUGAUUGAACCUAGUCAGUUAUUAGAGAUUGUUAAUGAAAAUAGUGAGAUAAAAUGCACAACUUUGUCCCAAGUAGAUUCUCUUUUGAUCAAGAAAAAAGAUUUAGAAGAAAGCUUGAAAUGCAUGGAAUUGCAGAAGGAAACAUUUUCUGGUGGAAAUAGGGAAGACCUUACUGCAUGCAUUGAAACUCUUCGGGAUGAGAAAAAAAUUCUGCAGAACAAAGUUCAAGAAUUGGAAAAGAAAACACUAAUUAUCAGUACAGAAUUAGAUCAAACUACUCAUCAACUGAUUCUAAGCAAAGCUGCUAAAGAGCAUGAAGUUGCAGCCUUACAGUUUCAACUUAAUACUGAAGCUUUAAAGUAUGAAAGAGCUUUAAAGCAAUUCAGUAACCAAAAUGAUGGGCUAGAAAGUAUGAAGCAGAAGAUUAAUGAUCAAGAACAGCUUAUAAUUUCAUUAGAGGAAGCUUUAACGGAAAUAAAGCUUGAACGAGAAAAUGAGAAAGAGCAGCAAUGGAAUGAGCUUCAAGAACUUCAUGUUGCUCUAGCAGCACAAGAAGAAGAAUGCUUUUCUUUAAGUGAAGACCUAGAAAAAUGCUUAACCUUUGUUGAAGAUGAAAGAAAGAAAAAUGAUAUUCUGCUGUCUCAGUUUGAAGAAUUCAAGGCAUACAGUCGAAGAGAUAAAAGUGUCUUGGAAGCAGAAUUUAUAAAUUUGCAAAAUGAUUCUAGGCAGCUUCGUAAAAGGCUUAUCAAGCUAUUGAAAGAAAAAGAUGUGUUGUGGAAAAGGAUUGAUCAUUUAUCCCAUUUACAAAAAAUCAAAAUUGAUGAUCGCUGGAUGGAUGAUCGAGAAGCCACAAAUUGUUUAGGAUGCAAUAAUCACUUUUCAUUUUUACUGAGAAAGCACCACUGCCGUCUCUGUGGAAGAAUUUUCUGUCAUUCUUGCUCUAAUAACUGGUUACUAACACCAUCUAGCAGGAAACAAAUACGGACCUGUAAUGAAUGUUUCGUACAACAUGCAGAAAUGAAAAAAGAUUUAAAUAAUAGUAGUGAGGUACUUUGCAUUGGAGAAGGCAGUGAGGAUGAAGCUGUUGAUGAUGUCGACGUCUCAGUAAACCCAAAUAUUAGCAGCACCUUUAAUUCCGGAAUACCUUCAGAUAUUGCAAAUAGCAAUAUUUCACUUCCUGUAAAAGAAAUUGCAACUUUUAAGCGAAGUACAUGCAUAUCUCGUUUUGCCAGUGCUCCAGAUCUGCUAUCAGUUUUUAAAUAUGAAGAGAAUUUAUUAAACAUGUACUUGCUUCCUAAACCUGUCAAUAUUUCAGCAAAUUCUAGUGAGAGGUCAAUGAAUUUAAAAGCAAAAGAAAUUCCAUAUGUCAGAUUGGAAAGGAAAGAUUCUACUGUAUCAACAGAGAAGCCAAAUAAUAUUUGCUGUGAGAAAAAUGAGAAUGGGCAAAAUAAUGAAUUGUUGUAUGAAGAGAAUCUUUUAAAUGAUACUAUUUUGGUAGAAGACAUUAUAGCAUCUGAAUAUGGUAUAAAAGGGAAAUUAUUAAUUGGUGCUUGUGAGAAAUCAGUUAUUCCCAUCUUAUGUGAGAGAUGUCCAAUUGAACUACAGUGGUCUAUUUCAUCCGAUUCUGGGGUAGUUUUCAUAUCACUUGUACAUGAAGUUGAAAACUCAGAUGCUACGCCUACUGUACUAUUUUCUAGUGAAAAUGAAACAAAAAGUAGGAUGCAGUUGUCUCUUCCAGGUUUAUAUUCCUUUUAUUUGGAUAAUACAUCUAGAAUGAAUUCAGUGAUGAUACAUUAUACCUUUAUAGCCAAAUAUGCAGAUACAUGUGAUUAAUUACUUCCAGGUGUUUUGGUUCAUAUUUAGUUGUGAAACAUCAUAAUUCAUUCACUGUAUUGUAAUACUAGUCUAUUUUAUAUGACUUUUGUAUUUAGUGGUUUCAUUUGUAUUUAUGUAUUUACACAGAUAAAAAAGUGCCUUUCAAAUCUGUAUAUAAGUUAAUAAAUUUUUUUUUAUUUAUAUUAUA